UCCCCAGAACUGAAUCCAACUGAGCAUACGUAAUGUCCCGGUUCAUCCACCGACGCCAGGUUGGACCCGGUUCAUCCACCGACGCCAGGUUGGACCACAGACUGUCCAGGAUUUGGCGGAUGCUUUGGUCCAGGUGUGGGAGGAGAUCCCCUUCAUCAGAAGCAUACUCAGGUGUUGCAGGACACGUGGAGGCCACGCCCACUACUGAGGCUCAUUCUGACUUGUUAUAAAGACAUUACAUUGAAGUUGGAUCAGACUGAAGUUUGAUUUUCUACUUUAAUUUUAUGAUUCAGACCUCCUUAGGCUAAUACAUUGAGUUUCCAUUAAUAGUUUUGGUGCGGUUGGGUUUUCAGUACAUGCAACUAUGUAAAGAAUAAAGCAUUUAAAAAGAAUAUUUCAUUAAUGUGUUUUCGUAAUCUUCCUUUUAUUCUUGUAUACGUUUGGAUUUCGGUUUCUGAUUUUUAACAUAAUAUUUUUCUAAUCAUAAAGAUUGAAGUUGCUGAAUUGCUAAAUAAUCCAAGUUGGAGGUGAACACCCCUCCCUCCCCUCUUCCAGGCAUCAUUUUAGUAGAACAGGACGUGACUGUUCAAUGUGUUGGUCGUUAAAUGUUUGUUUGAAGCUCAGUUUCAGCUCGCCGUCUUCACAGGAGCCUGCUGGGAGUGCGGCUUUGACAAAAAAAUUGAUGAGUUUUGAGCUUAAAAGGCUUUUCAGCUCCACACGCCCAUAAAAGCCGUUUUACUGCUCAGCCACCAAACAAAAGCAGGUUUUCCUGCAGAUCCUCCUAAAACCAGCCUCUGAACUUACUGCUAAUUAUGCCCUAUUAAUUACUUGAGUAAAUGGCGGAAACUCAAGCUGUUUUGUGUUUAAAAAGUGAAAGUUCCUUCUGGUAAGUUCUUUUAAAUAAAAGUCAAACAUUAAAUAACAUCUUUCAUGUGAGCUUGAAAAUGAAGGAUGCUUCAAAGUGAGAAUAAUAGCUUUUCUUGAGUGAAAGUGGGUCAUUACAGAGAAAAAAUGUGAUAUUUGUUGAUGCAUCUUUUACCUCAAAUUCUGCUGGCUCCCAAAGCAUUGUGGGGCAUCUGGCUGUCCAGACCUCUGAAGUCUCUGUGGUCAUGUCCAGACGAGGACCAUUAUGCAAGGUCCCAAACAUGUAUCUCCCUCCCCUUUGCUUAUUCCUCCUUAAAUCCCUCCCUCCACACUCAUUUUCUCACACUGCCUUCAAGUUAUUUAGCUUUUUUUUUUUUUGGCGUUGCAGUGACAUCACAUUUCUGGACGCAUGGAUAACUCCUCCUCUCCCUCCUCAGUUUUAAUAGGAUUUUGUUACCAUUUCCUUUUAACUUUUUUUUUUAGGGAAUCUUUUGGUCCAGAGCAGCAGAAGCAGCAGCAGCUCCUGAGCGUUCUGCCUAAACUCGGCGAUGGAUUCACUCAGACUGCUAACGCUGCUCCAGUCCCUCCUCGUUCUUCAAGUACACUUUUCCAAGCAGCUGGAGGACAAUCAGAUCCCUCCCAGUCUGUGCACCGGCCACCCUGGGAUCCCCGGGUCUCCCGGAGGUCAUGGCAGCCCCGGUCAGCCGGGUAGAGAUGGAAGGGACGGGAGGGAUGCUGCUCCUGGAGAGAAAGGGGAGAAGGGGGACAGAGGAGACUCAGGUGAGGCGGGAGUGCGAGGCCUGACUGGAGACAAAGGAAACCCUGGAGAAAAAGGUGAAAGGGGGCAGCCCGGGGAGUGUGCAGUGGCGCCCAAAUCGGCCUUCAGCGCUAAACUGUCCCAGGGUCUCUCUUUACCCCUCAGCGUGGGUGAUGCCGUUCGCUUUGACACGAUCCUGCUGAACGAGCAGGCUGACUACAACGCAGAGACAGGACGCUUCACCUGCAAGGUCCCCGGGGUCUACUACUUUGCCGUCCACGCCACGGUUUACCGCGCCAGCCUACAGUUUGACCUGAUGAAGAACGGCCACACUGUGGCGUCCUAUUUUCAGUUUUACGGCAACUGGCCCAAACCGGCGUCUCUGUCCGGGGGCUCCCUGCUUCACCUCGUUCCCGGUGACCAGGUGUGGGUGCAGAUGGCUCUCUCAGAGUACAACGGAUUUUACUCCAGCACCAAGACGGACAGCACCUUCUCCGGCUUCCUGGUGUACUCAGACUGGAAGAACUCUGCAGUGUUUGCUUAACGUUAUGUGGGAAAUGAAUUUCAAAUUUGUGGUAUUUCACUUUUCUUUUUUUAGAUCUGAUUUAAAACUUUUGGGAAACACGACUUGUACAGUUUGUUAGUUCAGAUAUUCAUGAAAAAUCAAUGAGACACAAUAUUCACACACCAGUCGAGAUCUUCAAAGGAGAUUUUAGACGCUUUUAGAUCAGUGGAUUUGGCUGUUCAGAAAGUUCAUGGUCAAGGAUAAAAAAACAUUAGAAGAUUAUUCAAAUGGACUGAAAGUUGUCCUUAUGCAGGAAACUGGAGCACAAAUGCAAAAAGUCCCAACUGUAAAAGAGCUCUUUAUAAUGACAAGAAUCAUUCUUACAUCACAUUUGCCAUAAAACCUAUUUUAAUUAAAACAGACGUACUAAACUGAACGGAGUAAGAAAUUACAGGAUUUUUAUUGUUUUUACCUAAAAUUCUAUGACAGCUUUCUCUGGAAAGUAAAAGAGACAUAACACAUUAUUUUAUGCAUAUUGUCAGGGGCGGAGCUACAGAUGGGCAAACAUUUUACAACUUAAUUAUGGAGUCAAAAUAGUCUCAUUAUGGACAAAAAAUUUAAAAAAUAUCAAUUUAAGCUUCUUUAAGAAUUUCAAAACUAACAAAAGCAAUAUUCUUAAUAAUAUUACUAAAACAGACUGAAAUAUGUAUUUUUAAUUUCAUUUCCACUCUGCUGUUCUCUUUUGGUGCCCCUCCCAUAUUAGAGGCUCUAGCUCCGCCCCUGCAUAUUUUACUAUAGCAGCUCUUAAUGUUAUAAUGGGUAUUUUAAAAUCAUUCUGUUGGCACUUUAUUUUAUUCAGUUAAAAGUUUCAGCCGUUAUAUAUUACACCUCUUUACAGAUUAUGAUACAAUGUUUUUUUUAAAUUUCCUUUGCACAAACCUACACAUUUAAAGCUUGUAAAGUUUGUCUUACUUGUUUUGUUUCCUCAUUAUUUUGCAAGUCAAUGAAAAAGUGAGACUUUAACCACUGCUGAAAACUAAACUAAACAUUCUUUAAUUAACAAGAAAAUCCACUUCAAGUGGGAAAAAUCCACAAACAUAGCAGAACUCAAAUCCAGCAUGACGCGAUAGAUAGACUAAUGACUUAAGCAACCCUCUAAUAACACUUCAGUACAGCUCCAACUAAUUAAACUGAAGUGCAGGCAGCUGUGCUCCAAUCCAUGGAGAGCCACAGGGGAAGGGGGCGGAGCCUCCGGGAGAAGCCACAGCAAACCUGCACAGAAAAACACAAGAUUCAAGAAUGAGGACAAACAAAGCCUGGAAAAUAUUUAUAUAUUUUUACUGUUUAGUGUCUAAAUGAGGUAUUCUGAAAAAAUAUGAUAACAUAAUUGGUUGCAAACCGAGUUGUGUUUAAAAACUUUGGCUAUGGAAAAACCGCUGAACUACAGAGGACAAUAACUGAGGGAUUCAGUGUAAAUCUCCAUAUUUAUUGCCACUCUCAUAGAUUCUCUAUGUUUGAUUUCAUUUCAUCCUUUUUCAUCAAUAAAAAUAAAACUAUAAUAGAAGAACUCUAUAGAUGCCGUCAAACCAACCGAAUAGGAGAAUAAAAAAUGAAUUUUAACUCACAGAAAGGUUUCAAAUUUGGUUAAUUCACGUCUAGCCGACUGGUGAUAAAUGAGCCAUUUUCAAGGAAAACCUUCACUUUUGGUUCCUAAUCCCAAAGCAGAAAGUGAAAAUCCCCAAAUGGAAAAAGUCUGGAAAGCAUUUGUGCAUCUGUGGACUGAUUUCCUCUGCCUGAUGAGUCCACCAAACACUGAGAGAGACUCACGCUACAUUUCAAAGUCAUCAACGCCCCACCCUCUCCAGCUUCAUGACACUAUCACCCCACUUCACUUAAACAAACCUGCCUCUCUCUUGACAUUUUGAAUGAGAUGAAACCGACUUUUACUGGCAGCCUUUUUGGGUGUACCACAAGUCUGAGACUCACACCCAUGAUUGGGCUCCAAAUGUGCAAAGGGAUUCCCUUCAGGGCGGAAUGGGAGUGGCAAAGAGUUAAUUAAUCAUUCCAUUGGCAUCGAUUCGUAAUUUGUUCGCAGUAGGAGGAAAAACUCUGAGCCAGACAGUCCAUUCCUGAAACAGAGCAGGUUUCAAGUUUCCGUUUGAGGUGGUGAGAAAAUAUAGAUUGAAGUUAGAUUUAUGUUACAGAUAAUGUGUAUUUUAAUUAAUUACAGACUAUAUUUGAUUAUAUGACUUUAUGCAGACUUCAUGCUCCACUGUAGUGUAAAUUAAAUAUGUUAUGAGGAGUUUAAAAGCUUGACACAAAUUCCUGACGUCUGAAACACCGUCUGACCUGUUUUGGUCUGUUAAAGAAACGAGGAAAAAAAUCCUCAUCAUUAGGAUUCAAUGUUUGGGAGUCUUAAUUUUUAAAUAAGUGUAGAAAAUUCACUUUUAAAUUUCUGGAUUUUUUUGUGUAAACUAUCAUUCAUUGAGAUGUAAUAGGUGUUAACUUUACACGUCUGAUUAAAUUUCACCACCUGAGUUUGAAAUGUGUUAAAGAAUGGGAUCUUUUUUUCUGUUGUGCGUCAGAUUAUUUUCUGUUCACAUUUGCCUCCAUGACACUGUAGAUUGUGGGAGUGUUUAAAGUCAAUUAAAAAAAAAAUCCACAAUCUACUUUCAACUUAUCCUUACUCUUUCUGCCUUACUGCUUUAUUGUUCUUCAAGAAUAAAAGAAAACUUUAUAUAUUAGAAAAAAACACCAUGAUCUGUACAAAAAUCUCACUUAUUACUUGAAAACAUGGGACAAAAACUUGAUUUCUCUAUAAGAGAUUGUAAAACAUUCGAAAAUAAAUCAAAUUUUGUUGUUAAAACACUGAAACAAAUAUCUGUUCUCCACUAAAAAGCAUAAAUAAUUAUUUAAAAAUAAAUAUAUAUAUAUAUAAUGUGAAAGAAAUCUGAUAAAAAAAACUAGAUUUUGAAAAACUUGCUGCAGUUAUUUUUUUAUCCAGCAGGGGUCAGAGUUGCGCAUUCUCAAAAUGACUUCAGUCAGUCUGUUCAAAUGUGUUAAAAUCCUGAAUGUAAUAAAUGCUUUGAUGGAUAAAAAA